AUGUAUGCAUUUUUUAUAAUAAUAAAUGCUACAUUAGUGUCACAUUUUAGCAAUGGUGGCCCAUAUUGGCACAAACAAAUUGAAUUACAUCAGAAAAAUUGUCGAAAUGGAUGGUGGCAAUUAACAUUUAUCAAUUAUAAGAAUAUUUAUCCAAGUGAUAUUUGUAUGCCUCAAACGUGGUAUUUAAUAGCUGAUACACAAUUAUAUGUUGUAACAGUGUUGAUAUUAAGCUCAAUAUGGUUAAUAAAAGGCCAAAUUAAAACUAUAUUAUCUACUUGCUUAAUAAUUUCAGUUUUAAUACCCGGUGUUAUUACAUAUAUUUAUAAUUUGGGGCCAAUGACUGCAAAUUAUCCACAGUCAAUGAGAGAGUUUUUACUUGAUAAUCCUACGUAUUGGCAUACUUAUUUUCAAUCGUAUACAAAUGCAAGUGCCACAAUUUAUGGAAUAAUUUGUGGAUAUAUUUAUCAUACAGGAGCAUUGAAAAGUGAUUUGGUUAAAAAAUCAUGGUUUCGUCACCUAAUGUUUUGGAUGGUUUUCCUAAAUGUGGCUGGAUUCUUCAUUUUUUGUACGAUUUUAAAUAACAAUUUAAUUGCAUUACAAUCCAAUCGUAUAUUUGCAAUCAUAUGGUCUGCAACUCAUAAAUUAAUUUUUGUCAAUGGAACAGCGGUAUUAUUGUGGGGUAUGCAUAAUCGGAAAGAGUAUUGGAUACGAAAAAUUUUAGAGCUUAGAGUACUAAUCGUGUUUGGACGAUUGAGUUUUUGCUGUUAUUUUGUACAUUUUCAAUUGUACAUAAUGCAAGAUGCCAUGAAUUAUUAUCCAAGAAAUUUCAAUGGAUACACUUUUAUAGUUUCAAUAAUGGGUAAACUGACUAUAGCAUAUUUAUUUGGUUUUAUAUUAUGCAUGUGUGUAGAAUAUCCAUUGAGUAAUAUAUACAGAUUAAUUCGAGACUCAAAAAAAGUAGACAAAAUACCAAUGAAAGAAAAUAACAAUACUCAAUUACCAUUUAUUGUUGAGGAGAAAGGUUCAUCAAAUAUUGCAGUAUAG